UAAUCGCCACUGCGAUUUCAUUUUCAGCCCCCAAUUUCUAAAUUAGGGUUUCUGCGGUCGAUUUUCAAUUGGAGAGGCGAAUUCAAUUCAAGAGCGCAGAAGAAGAAUUCGAGAAGGAAAAAGAUGGUGGAGAGGAAACUGUACAAGACAAAGCUAUGUAUGCUGUUCCAGAGGGGCCGCUGCUCUCGCCAGUUCUGUAACUUCGCCCAUGGCUCCGCCGAGCUCCGCCGCUCUUUCAAUGAAUGGAUUAUGCUGGUUGGUUUGUCAGUCUUAAUGCUGAUUUUGGUGUGAUUAAGCUUCUCCUUCUCUUGGUUAAUCACUGUUCAUUUUUGAAUCUGCUGUUUUAUGUGAGGGGUCAGAGAUAGGCCUUUGGAAUUUCUGCAGUUUGUAGAGAAUGUGGUAUUAUCUUGAUCUGACUUCUAUAUAUGAAUGUCAAGGGCCACCCAAUGCUGGAUCAAUAUCCCACUAUAUUCUGCACUAUAUAUAUUCUCGGAGAGAAUGGUAUUUUCUUCAUAUGGUUUAGCAUUGAAAGAUACUGUGAAGGGAUCUGCUGGCUUUCUUGGUUGGUGACUAUAGAGAUGAUAUAUAUGUAUUGCACGUGGAAGAAUAUUGUUAUUUAUUCCAUACAAGCAUGUGAAGAAUCAGCACCAUUGAUUUAUAUUUUUAUCACAGCGGGGCAGAGGAUUUCUAUAUUUUGAGUUGCUUCAAUGAUCCUUGAGUAUCAUUCUAUAAAGCUCUCAGUAUAUCUUAUCUAUCUUUACACGAAGAGCCUUUAUUUCUAUGGCUCAUAUGGAAUCUGCAAGAAGGCACUAAAACUUAUUAUUAUUAUUAUGUUACUCAUUUGUUCUAGUAAUGGAAAUCAGGAGUUUCGAGGUGGUGGUGACUUGAGAGAAAGGCUCGACAGGAUCCGUUCUCCAUUGCGCAACUCACCAGAUAGACGAGACGCCAGAGCAAGACACACCUCUCAUGGAGAUAGUCCUCGCGCUCUUGGGAAAAGGAUUGACAGAAAUGUGCGGAAGAGGAGGCAAUUUGAUGGCCAUAGUGAUUACUCCGGCAGAAUGUCAGAUGGGACUGAAGAUCAAAUCAAAGAUAGAAGACUGGCAUCCUCUGAAGCCAAAAUGCAAAUUGAUGAGCAGCUGAGAGAAAUACACUCUGAAAUUAAACUGCUGGAGGAGGACAAGCAACAGCUACAGAUGUACCUGGAGGAAAAGGUUAACGAAGCUGAUUCUUUGACGUUCAAAAUUCAUGAUCUUGAGAUGCAACUUUCUAAAGAGAAAGAAGAGGGUAAAAGGUUCUCUACAAAAAUAAAGAAGUUUAUUAAAGCACAUAACCGGCACUCGCGGUUACAAGACGAACUCAAGAAAUCACAAGCCCAGCUUCAGAAGUUGGGUGAGCAGCUUGAUUCGGACGUUGGGGUAGGCAAUGAGGAUGAUACAAAAACCAAAGCCUCGAGUGAUGAUGUAAAGGGCGGUUUUACUAGCCCACUGAAUGAGGGUCAACUGAAUUCUUCCCCGCGCAGGAAGAGGUCACGUUUUUCCCUUGAAGCUCAGGAGGCUUCACCUCAAGUCGGGGGAAGAGGUGAUAUGGGCAAAAGUAAGGUAGAAAAACCUCAUCGAUCAUCCAGGAACCAAGAGCAUUUUAGCAAUACCAAGAAAUCUGAAGCAGACGCAGAUACAUAUAAUAGUCGUUGGCGCUCAACAUAUGAUGAAAAGUCUAGGAAAGGCUCAAACCUGCCUGCUGAUACUGACUCUGCUGACAAGUACAACGUAACAGAGACAGGCAUUAUACUGCCCUCGACUGGUAUAGCUGCUAAUGCAAUUGAUGAAGACGUCGAGGUUGCUGAAACAGAUGAGAGGGUUCAGGUUCCCUCGAACGGUCCUAAUGGGUCGGAAGAUAGAUUCAAGACCUCCCGCUUACCAUUUCCGCCACUCCCACCUCCUAUCCCUCAGAAUGCGUAUAUGCAGUACAAAGGUGACGAUGAGAAUGUGGACGUUGAUGGAGUAGAUGAGGAGACUGUCGAAGUCGAUAUUGUUUGAUGUAUCUCCUUUCUAUGCGUAAACGGUAAAACCAAAUUUUGUAAAGAUCUGGGGCUGUCACAUUUGCAAAUUGUUGUACAGAAAUUAGGUCUGGUUUUUAUUUA